CGCUUGACCUCUACUGCAGUUGAAAAAUACUUUAGGAGCGGAGGCUGAGUCCAUUGAUUUUUCUUCUCUUAAAUUCGACGAUGUGACCCACCUCUGCAAAGGAUACGGUGGCAAUUUGAAUGACAACCCCCCAUUCAUUUUGUGCGCAACCAUCGCAAAGAAGGUCUUAUGUGCUCCUCGCCGCCUCGCUUCCGACUCGGGGUGCUCAGUGCUGUCGGGGAAGAGUCCGUUUCACUGCAUCAACAUGGGUGUGAUCGGUGUGCAGCUGGUGGUUACCAUGGUAAUGGCCAGUGUAAUUCAAAAAAUAAUACCUCAUUAUUCCUUCGCAAGAUGGCUUCUCUGCAGUGGCAGUCUGCGGUGGUAUCAGCACCCUACGGAAGAUGAGUUGAGGAGCUUAGCUGGGAAACAAAAAGGACAGAAGAGGAAAGACAGGAAGUACAAUGGUCACAUAGACAACAAGCCGCUAACAGUUCCCAAGGACAUAGACUUACAGCUGGAGACGAAAUGCAUCACAGAAGUCGACACGUUAGCAUUGCACUACUUCCCAGAGUUCCAGUGGCUGGUGGAUUUCACAGUAGCGGCAACUGUGGUCUAUCUGAUAACAGAACUGUACUACAGUGUGGCUCAGCCCUCGGGAGAGAUGAACAUCAGUGUGGUCUGGUGCCUGCUAGUACUCGCCUUUGUCAUUAAGACUCUUUUCUCUCUAACGGCCCACUACUUCAAGCUCGAAGAAGGAGGCGAGCGUUCACUCUGCAUUACUUUUGCUUUUUUCUUCUUUGUCAAAGCCAUGGCCAUUCUCAUCGUCACCGAAAACUACCUGGAGUUCGGUCUCGAGACUGGUUUUGCAAACUUCUCUGACAGCGCUUUACAGUUUCUUGAGAACCAGGGCUUAGAAUCCCAGGGUCCCAUAUCUAAACUCACCUUCAAGCUGAUCCUAGCCCUGCUCUGCUCCCUGAUUGGAGCAUUCCUCACUUUCCCUGGUCUACGAUUGGCCCAGAUGCACCUAGACGCACUCACUCUGACCACAGCCAAAUUUACACAAACUCUGCUUCAUAUCAACUUCCUGUCCCCUCUCAUCAUGGUCCUGCUGUGGGUGAAGCCCAUUACUAAGGACUAUAUAAUGAACCCCACUCUGGGAAAGGAGAAUGUGCCUUUGAUGACUGAGCAGACAUAUGAUACGUUGCGGUUAUGGGCCAUCAUACUGAUGUGUAUGCUCCGACUCGCCAUGAUGAGACAUCAUUUGCAGGCCUACCUCAACCUGGCCCAGAAGGGCGUGGACCAGAUGAAGAAGGAGGCAGGUCGGAUAAGUACCGUCGACCUGCAGAAGAUGGUGGCACGUGUUUUUUACUACUUGUGUGUAAUCGCACUGCAGUAUGUGGCACCACUGGUGAUGCUGCUGCAUACCACUCUGCUGCUAAAAACCUUAGGUGGACACUCCUGGUGGGUGUAUCCUGAAGAAGACCUGCCCUGCACCUACGAUAUGAACUCUGACUCAGUGGCGAUGGGGGCACCAGAAGCAGCCCCGACACCUGCUUCGGUGGUGGAAACAGGAGCCCGGGCUUCGGUGGCCCAGCUGUCGGUGGCCCUAGGGGGCCUGCGGACUGUUUUCAGCCCCGCACUUUUCCAGGGCCUCUUCUCCUUCUUUACCUGGUGGAUAGCUGCCUGCCUCUUCUCCACCUCCCUCUUCGGUCUCUUCUACCAUCAGUAUCUCAUGGCGGCAUAGCAUCAGGAACCCGCCAGUGUCAGUCCGUGCCCCCCACAGGUCACCUGUAUGUUCAACCUGAUCAGAAAGGACUGACUUGGGGCAACAGAGAGAACUCCUCCCCCUCCCUUCGACCACCUCUCAACGACUGACCAUAUCAUCAGAGCUCCUGGUUCAACUCCCAGUGCUUCCUUCACAGAUGACUCUAUGAACUUGUCAUUGUUUUGUUUUUUUACUACAAUCACUGUUAAAUGUGGAGGGCAAGAUUUAUAAACUUUAAUAACAGACAGACUAAAGUAUGAAUUAGAGAACAUUAUUCAGUGUCAGUGGUGUAUUGGUAUAGUAAUGAGAAAUUGAUCAAUUUUGUGUAUGAAAUUUUAAUGAUAUGAGGUAAAAAUAUUUACCUUAGAUGCCAAUUACAAUUCAUAUUACAUGUUAAGCAAAUUAUUUUUUUAAAGGAAGCCAGUGGGGAGACUUUAUUCCUUUUGUUUUUGUUAAGUUGUCCACAACAGAUCACGUGUUAUGAGUUUGAUCCAUCAACAUGUUUUGAAUUCCACAUGUCCUUUACUUUAGAAAACCCAGAGUGCAGCCUCUUACAGGUUCCCGUGUCGCAGUCAUAUUUCAGACUCUAAUCCUUCAAUUUAAAUUCCUUCUCACCAUGUCCCCUGUAAACUAGUGCUGGCAAUGAACUAUAUCACAGACAAUGUCCAGGAAAUUAGGUGGAGUUGCUCUACGUAACUGGACAGAAGCUGAAAGGUUCCAAGUUUUAUUGGCUGGUGCUUUCAUGCACCACAUUUGACGUUGAGAGUCCUGGAACCGUCUAUAAUCCGUCUAUAGUCUGUAUCACAGUACAUAAGAGAGCCAGUGUCCCUCAGUGACAACGUUGUGAAGAUGCUAAAUUUAGGUCACAGAAUAUGACUGAAUCUGGAGGUGUUCAUGGAGGCUAGUGUUUGACUUUUUUUUUUUUUCACUUUUCGUUUAGCCAAUAACUGCCAUUCUGUCUUUUGAUAAAAACCUUAAAUAGUUGUGUUAAAAACAAAUUAGCGUGUUUAUCUCAGAUGUCUAAAUUCCAAUGCCACGGACCACAAGAGAGUCUGAAAGAGUCUUAAAUAUUAUUUUUUUGUCAGUGCAUUUCUGUUUGUCAGCGGAGGAGGGGAGGGGGCAACCUGUCGGAUAUUCCCACCAUAGCUGGAUGGGACGAGCUUUCACCUGACCGGGGUUUGAGAGUGGACAAACGGAAAGGAGUUCUCCUCGUUGAGGAUGAAGAACGGACGUUAAACAUCUCAUUGACUUGAAUGUGAUGUGUUUUUAAAUGUGUCUAAUUGAAGUUGCCAGCGUAGGUUUUUACAUGACAGGCAUUCCGAUAGAUUUGAACUUGUUUCAUUUGAAUUGUAACCUCCCUGGUUUUACCUGAGCCAUUUUAGAAGCUGUGAGAGGAUCUGAAGCCGUUUUCUCUGAGGAGCGGCCACGAUACAAAAGGAGCAUGGUGUGUAGGGCUCAAUGUCCACGUGUUGGAAUCUCGAAGGGCAUUGCGAUCGAGAAGAGAUGAUGUCAACUACUGUUGAUGCCGCCUUUCAUGUUCUCAUUUUCUUUUCGUUUUUUUUUUUUUUUACUUUUACCAAUCCGUUGCUUUUAAACUCUUUUAUGCUAUUUCUAAUUGAUCAAAUUGGGAAGCUUUGAUUUCAAAAUGGUGCCAAGUACGUCGCCCCCCCCCCGUCCCAGUGGCUGUAGAUUUGGUGUUUUUAAAACUGCAACUCUGCUACACCUCUGUUGACUUCUGUCAUCUAAAGAUAAAACUUGAUGAAGAGGGAAUCACUAGUUCUGUUAUUUCACGGCUAUUCACAGUUUCUCUGUACACUGUGAAUCUCCGGCGGGUAGAUGAUGCACUGGGCCAUUAUGAUUGUCCAGCCUGUUCAGGAAUGUAGAGUACUGGGUGCUGCCAGACAAAUUUCAUCCGUGUGGUUCUCUGGCCUUUCAUUUCAUCAUUGCAUUCAUCAUAGAGCUGCAAGUUACACAUUCCGGCUCUAUGCAUUUUGUACAGAAGACAUUUUACAAAGUCAAGCAGCACCAUAUCACAUUUUUUUAAGCUCCUGAUGCCGAAAGUCUUAGCUUCAGUUUGUCUGUUUUAAAUGAUAGGGAAUAUGCACAUAAUGAAUGUAUCUCAAUCUUGCCUAAUUUCUGGAUUGUUUAAAAUGAAAAUGAUUUGUAUGUUGAGUUGAUUUAACAGCGUUCCCCCCCAAAAAAACAUCCUAAUCUCUUUACUUCUCCACUCCCCCUCUGAUAAUUCUACUGAUACCUAAAAUAAUCUGAUUUAUCCUAAUGACUUUUUAUCGAUUGAUUGAUAAUUUUUUCUGUAUUUAUUUCACAUGUCGAGGCCUGUAAACAUUUCUAAUUUUAACAAUAUACACUUUAUUUUGUUAUCGGAGUGCAUGCUGUCUAAAUCAGUUUUGAAAAAGUGUUUGACAAAUCAGUUGCAGGUUUUUAUUUUAAUUUUAUUGGGUCUGGUCAGGUAGAAGUACCUGGGGAAACUCUCAGAAUUCACUGGCCUGAUGAGGCAUUUCUUCUGUUUGUUACCACUGAAAGUGUUCUUGGGUUCACGAAGUACAUCACACAUAUUGUUGUUCUUUCAUGUAUUUAUUUCUGCUUUAGUUUUUUGUUCUAAAUAAAUUAUGGUCUUUACUA